GCGGCGGCGGCGGUGCCCGCGGGGGGAGGGGGCCCGGAGUGGGCCGCCGGACCCAUAACUGAGAGGGGCCUAGGGGCCUUCCCUCGCUGGGACCUUGGCGGCCCGAUGGAGUAAGAGGGGUCGGCUGUGAGUGUGUGACGUUGAGUGCUUCAGAUCUGGUCACUAUGGUACGAGAACGAAAAUGCAUAUUGUGCCACAUUGUGUACAGCUCAAAAAAGGAGAUGGACGAACACAUGCGGAGCAUGUUGCAUCACAGGGAACUUGAGAACCUGAAGGGCAGGGACAGUAGUCAUGAGUGCCGAGUGUGCGGGGUCACAGAAGUGGGUCUUUCUGCAUAUGCAAAGCACAUUUCUAGCCAGUUGCACAAGGAUAAUGUUGACGCCCAGGAAAGAGAAGAUGAUGGAAAGGGAGAAGAAGAGGAAGAAGAUUAUUUUGACAAGGAACUCGUUCAGUUAAUAAAACAAAGGAAAGAACAAAGUCGGCAAGAUGAACCUUCCAAUAGCAGCCAAGAAAUAAAUUCUGAUGACAGGCGACCCCAAUGGAGACGGGAAGACCGAAUACCUUACCAAGACAGAGAGAGCUACAGUCAGCCAGCAUGGCAUCAUCGUGGACCUCCUCAGCGAGACUGGAAGUGGGAGAAAGAUGGCUUUAAUAAUACUAGGAAAAACAACUUUCCACAUUCUUUGAGGAAUAAUGGUGGACCAAGAGGAUGUUCUAGGUGGCAUAAGGGAGUUGCAGGAGGCUCCUCAACUUGGUUUCACAACCACAGUAAUUCUGGAGGUGGUUGGCAUUCAAAUAGCGGAAUGGUAGAUUGGAAUCAUAAUGGUACAGGAAGGAAUUCCAGUUGGCAUUCUGAGGGAACAGGUGGCUUUUCCAGUUGGCAUAUGAACAGCAGUAACGGAAACUGGAAAUCCAGUGUACGUAGUACAAAUAGUUGGAAUUACAGUGGCCCUGGAGACAAAUUUCAACCAGGCAGAAACAGAAAUUCUAACUGUCAAAUGGAAGACCUAACUAUGCUAUGGAACAAGAAAUCUAAGUCAAACAAAUAUAAUCAAGAGAGAUAUAGUUGGCAGCGGCAAGAAAGCGACAAAGUUGGUACAGCUGCCACGUACAGAGUUCCUUCUGAAGGAUUUACAAGUGAUAAAUUUCCUUCAGAAGGCUUACUUGACUUCAAUUUUGAGCAGCUAGAAAGCAAAACUACUAAACAGACAGAUACCACAGCUUCCAAAAUUGGUGGGAAGAAUGGCAGUGCAGCGAGGGAAAAGCUCCAUCGCUGGACUCCUUACCCUUCCCAGAAGACUCUGGAUUUACAAUCAGGAAUGAAAGAAAUCACUGGUAAUAAGUCAGAAAUGAUAGAUAAGCCUUUCUUUGACUUUAGCUUGACAACCACAGGAACACCAGAGCCCCAGAUCGAUGAAACAAAUAAUUCCCCAACGAUGAAAACACAAAAAGAAACACAUACUGGAUCUCUUAGUCACAAAGCCCCUUCUGACUGCACUGCUUCCUAUGAGGCAGUGAGAGAUUGCCCCAUUCCAGAAAAACACGAACAAGAACUUAACCUAAGUAAGAUGCCAUCAUUAAAAUCUGGACUCCUUCCAAUUCCAGUCACCAAUUCAGUUCCUCAAAAGCCAGAUUUAAAGAAUCCCUCAAAAAACACCAAAACAAAUUCUUUUUUUCCUGGAGAACACGCAAAUCCCUUGAACAAACCCACUAUAGAAGAGAAUCAUGGGUCUUAUAUAACAAAAUUGCGAAGUUCAUGUCCUCAUGUUUUAAAAGGGAAUAAAAGUACAUUUGGCAUUCAGAGAGAAUCUGAUGAAAAUUUAGGUGACACAUUACAAAAAGCCAAAGAGAUGCUACAGUGUCAUGAGUCAUUGCAAAAUCCACUUCUUGGCACUUCUAAAAGGACCAGGAACUAUGCAAAAGCAAAUAGGAAUGUAGAAGAGUCUGAAAAAGGAUCUUUGAAGAUAGAGUUUCAGGUACACACAUUAGAAGAUGAAAGUGAUGGGGAGCUAUCUGACAUGGAGAAGCAUGGAACAAAACUUGGAACCGUGGGCUCUGCCACUGCAGAAGUGUUACCCUGCAGCACUCAUAUCACUGAUGAAAAAGAGGAGGAUGACCAAAACUCGAAAACAUGUAGAGAACUAUCCACUAACACAUGUAAUGCGACAGUUCAUCAGAAGGAACCUGAGUUACAAAUGACGUCUGCAGCCAGUUCACACUCUGGCUUACUGCAAGACUUAAAAACUUCUGUAGAAGAUGCACAGGGUGAUGACCCUGUUAAAUCUCAUGUAUCUUAUGAAACAGAAGGCUUUGAGGGUGCUAGUUUGGAUGUAGAGCUUCAAAAAAACGAUAUAGGUCAGUCCUCAGGCCCUCUUCUGCCUGAACUCAGUAAGCUUGGCUUUCCUGCCUCUCUCCAGAGAGAUCUAACCCGGCACAUUAGUUUGAAGAGCAAAACUGGAGCACACCUUCCUGAGCCAAACCUCAAUAGUGCUCGUCGCAUUCGCAAUAUUAGUGGCCAUAGAAAGGGCGAGACAGAGAAGGAAUCUGGGCUCAAGCCAACCCUUCGGCAGAUUCUAAAUGCAUCUCGGAGAAAUGUCAACUGGGAACAGGUCAUCCAGCAAGUAACCAAGAAAAAGCAAGAGCUAGGCAAAGGCUUGCCCAGGUUUGGCAUAGAAAUGGUGCCUCUAGUUCAAAAUGAACAAGAGGUCUUGGAUUUGGAUGGGGAACCUGAUCUGUCCAAUCUAGAAGGAUUCCAGUGGGAAGGUAUUUCCAUUUCUUCAUCUCCUGGAUUGGCAAGGAAGCGAAGCCUUUCUGAGAGCAGUGUGAUCAUGGACAGGGCUUCUUCUGUUUAUAGCUUCUUCAGUGAGGAAGGUACAGGCAAAGAAAAUGAGCCCCAACAGAUUUUUUCACCUAGUGACUCGUUGAGGGCUGCACAGAGUCAGACAACAACCAUGGGCCUUAAGCAGGAGGUGACACCUCUGGCUGCCUCUUUAAGAACAGGUGAAAGGGCUGAAAAUGUUGCUAGUCAAAGGCGACAUAGCGCACAGUUGUCCUCUGACCGAACGAUACCUCUGAUGCACUUGGCGAAAGACCUGAACAGUCAGGAGAGUUCUACACCACCUUCAGAGAACCAGAAUACCCAGGAGAGUAAUGGAGAAGGAAACUCUUUAUCAUCAAAUAUAUCCUCAGCCCUUGGAAUCUCCAGUUUGGCAGACGCAGCCACAGACAGUAGCUGUACCUCUGGCACUGAACAAAAUGACGGCCAGAAUGUGAGAAAGAAACGAAGAGCCACUGGAGAUGGAUCUUCUCCUGAACUCCCAAGUCUUGAGAGAAAAAACAAAAGAAGGAAAAUUAAAGGAAAGAAAGAACGUUCUCAGGUUGACCAGCUGCUGAAUAUUUCUUUAAGGGAGGAAGAACUAAGCAAAUCACUGCAGUGCAUGGAUAACAACCUUCUGCAAGCCCGUGCAGCACUGCAGACAGCAUACGUUGAAGUACAGAGGCUACUUCUGCUCAAGCAGCAGAUAACUAUGGAGAUGAGUGCACUGAGGACCCAUAGAAUACAGAUUCUACAGGGAUUACAAGAAACAUAUGAACCUUCUGAGCGCCCAGACCAGGUUCCUUAUAGCCUUCCACGAGAGCCAAGGAACAGUAGAUCUCAGACAUCUGCUGAUGCCACACUGCUGCCUACUCCCUUUUUCCCAGUUUUUCUGGAGCCUCCAUCUUCCCACAUGUCUCCAUCGUCCACUGGAGUCCCUCUCCAAGUAACCACAUCUCCUACUUUCCAAGCCCAUGGCAGUGUUCCUGCUCCAGACUCCUCAAUUCAGAUUAAACAAGAACCCAUGUCUCCUGAACACGACGAAAGUGUGAAUGCUGUGUCACAAGGCUCUGAUGACAAUGUGUCCAAGGAAUUACUGCAAGCUAAUAGCGAGAACAGUGACAGUUGUCCCGUUUAUCCAGUUAUCACUGCAACGUUGUCCUUAUCAGAGGUCACAGAAAGUUUCCAUGAGCCUAGCCAAGAACUGAAGUUUUCCACAGAGCAAGGAAAUACCAGGAACAGAGGAAAUGCCCCCUCCUCCCAACCAACUGGUCUUCCAGGCAUAAAUAAAGAAGACGAAGAGGCAGUUAAAGGCAACAGCGGGUCUGAGGCCUGUACCAGUUCUUUUCCAAGAUUGUCAUUUGUUUCUGAAACCCCCUUAGAGAGGGAGCCCCACUCCCCAGCUGACCAGCUGGAACAGCAGGCAGAGUCUACUCUGACAUCAGCUGAAACUCGAGGAAACAAGAAAAAGAAGAAACUUAGGAAAAAGAAAACACUUCGGGCUGCUCAUGUUCCUGAGAACAGUGACACUGAACAGGAUGUAUUUACUGCUAAACCAGUAAGGAAAGUAAAGACUGGAAAGUCAGCUAAAGGGGGGAAGGUAACAACCUCCACCUGGGAAGAUAGUAGAACUGGCCCAGAACAAGAGAGUGUCAGGGAUGAGCCAGAUAGUGACUCGUCUCUGGAGGUCCUAGAAGUCCCUAAUCCUCAAUUGGAAGUGGUGGCCAUUGAAUCUUCUGAAUCUGGAGAAGAGAAACCAGACAGUCCAUCUAAAAAGGAUAUUUGGAACUCCACAGAGCAAAACUCAUUAGAAACUUCUCGUUCUGGUUGUGAUGAAGUUAGCUCUACCAGUGAGAUUGGCACUCGUUAUAAAGAUGGUAUCCCUGUAAGUGUGGCAGAAACUCAGACUGUGAUCUCCUCCAUUAAAGGAUCAAAGAACUCUUCAGAAAUAUCUUCCGAGCCAGGAGAUGAUGAUGAGCCCACAGAAGGGGCCUUUGAAGGGCACCAAGCUGCAGUGAAUGCAAUUCAGAUAUUUGGGAAUUUACUGUACACCUGUUCAGCAGAUAAAACUGUCCGAGCUUAUAAUCUAGUGAGUCGGAAGUGCAUUGGUGUCUUUGAGGGGCAUGCCUCCAAAGUGAACUGCCUCCUGGUAACCCAAACCUCUGGGAAGAAUGCUGCGCUUUACACUGGUUCCAGUGACCAUACCAUUCGCUGCUAUAAUGUCAAGACGCGAGAGUGUGUGGAGCAGUUAGAGCUAGAAGACCGGGUUCUGUGCCUCCAUAGUAGGUGGCGAAUCCUCUAUGCAGGACUGGCAAAUGGCACUGUGGUCACCUUCAACAUCAAGAACAAUAAACGACUUGAAGUUUUUGAAUGCCACGGCCCUCGGGCUGUCAGCUGUCUUGCCACAGCUCAGGAAGGUGCCCGAAAGCUGCUUGUUGUUGGGUCUUAUGACUGUACCAUUAGUGUACGUGAUGCACGGAAUGGACUCCUCCUCAGAACUCUGGAGGGGCACAGCAAAACCAUUCUUUGCAUGAAGGUGGUGAAUGACCUUGUGUUCAGUGGCUCCAGUGAUCAGUCAGUCCAUGCUCAUAACAUUCAUACUGGUGAGCUUGUGCGGAUCUAUAAAGGUCACAAUCAUGCAGUGACUGUGGUGAAUAUCCUAGGAAAAGUGAUGGUGACUGCUUGCCUGGAUAAAUUUGUUCGUGUCUAUGAAUUACAGUCCCAUGAUCGACUGCAAGUUUAUGGAGGACACAAAGACAUGAUUAUGUGUAUGACCAUCCAUAAAAGUAUGAUUUAUACUGGCUGUUAUGAUGGCAGUAUUCAAGCUGUGAGGCUGAAUCUGAUGCAGAAUUACCGUUGCUGGUGGCAUGGUUGCUCUCUGAUAUUUGGCGUUGUAGAUCAUUUAAAACAACAUUUGCUCACUGACCAUACGAAUCCAAACUUUCAAACUCUGAAAUGCCGCUGGAAGAACUGUGACGCUUUCUUCACUGCUAGGAAAGGAUCCAAACAGGAUGCUGCGGGACACAUUGAACGACAUGCUGAGGAUGACAGCAAAAUUGAUUCAUGAAGUUUUCUGCCUCCCACGUUGGGAAGUUAUCACUUGAACUAAUUUUACAUCGGCCCCUCACAGAGGCCACAGUCCUCCCCUCCCCGAGAAGCAGGGAAGGGGAAAGUGGUUACUAGCCAGGCUUACCACUCACAUAAGUCUGGGCAGCUCUAUGGGAUGAUAAAGACACUUUAAGUUAUUACUGGAGGUCUGUCAGAUUUAAACAGAUUUUAAGGAACCAUACUUCUCUGGAACAGCAUGGAAUAUAGUAAUCUAUGCUACUAGUAUUCUCCAGAUGUUUAUUAAAGAUACAGAUCUUAAUUGGCUACCCAGUUUGACCCUAAUCAUAUGUAUUUUUUAUUGAUUUCAGUUUGCGAUUUUUAGUUUAUGUUCUUAUGAUGGUUUAAACCCAUAGUCCGACUUUUAAGUACCAGUUUGUGCAAAUGAUAGAUUUUUAGGAUCACUUUUAAUUUCUUUAGUUCUAAUAACUGGGUAUUUAAAUUAGAAGCAGCUAGUUUCCUUUCUUAACAAUUAUGUGCAGCGUGUUUCACUAUUCUCUUGCUUUGUAGAUGGACAGAGGUGGCUUUAAAUGCCAAAGGGACACACAGUGGAUUUUUAACAGCUAAAGUGACUAUUCUGCUGGUUAUAUUUUAGGAACUUGGCAAAUCACAUACGGACAAGUCCUCACAGCACUUCCUGUUGAACGUCUGUGCCAGUUUUGAUAGGAGUGCUCAGUUCAGGGCAGUGCACAGACCUAACAUCUACCUUGACUUGCUGCUGUUAGGCCCAGGCGAUCACAGCUGCAUGUGUCGUCAGGCUGUUCAAACUGGAGUGUGGCGUUUAUCUCUUCCUUUCCAGGUUCUGACUCUCCAGGCCUGCUGCAGGUGUGGAACCUCUUAGUUUGCUCCAUUGCCAAUCCCUCCCCUCCCACUUGCCAUCAAAUACUUCCCCUAGGCUCCCAGGGUGCUUUCCACCCACCUGCAGCACCCAAGUUGGGGUAGUUAGGAUAAAGUAUCUGCACACAGUCUUUAGGGGCUCAAGCGGGCUUCUUAGAGAUUGAUUUCUGAAACAGAAGUCUUACCUUCAGCUCCCCUCUAGCUGACAAAGAAGAGUGGAGUAUGAUGAAGGUAAAGACUCAACUUGUCCAUGGAGAGCAGCCAGAUUAACAAAGCCUAGUGAGACUACUUUGUUUUUGGAUUUUUCUGGACUCUAGAGAGAAGCUGUAGAAGUGUUGCUUUCCAGCCUUUUGUUUCUGGAUUCUCAAAACUCUGAAAGAUUCGUCAGAGAACUAGGAGAAGGGACAAGAGCCCUGUGCCACAUUCAAGACUGGGGGAUGUGAUGUGUACGUUUUCUAGGAUUGCAUAGCAUGCAGGUUUAUCUCCACCCCUGUAGUGCACACACACCUACUCACAGGUCUUCACUCAGGCUCAGGGCUGGGGCUUUACCAGGGCUUCAUGGAUGGGUUUCAAGAGGGUAUAAAGUUAUAUGCAAGACUAAGUAUAUGGGUCCCCCCCCCCCCCGCCGCCCCACCCAGGAAAGGCUCCAGUGAUUCUUACUGGAGCCAUAAACAAAGAGCUAAUCUAGGAGCUACUACUAAAUAAUGAAUAACCCCACAAACUAUUUACUUCUAUCCUUAUGAACGGUAAAACUUUUUUUUUUACAUUAUUGAUAGUUGCAUAUUUGAGAGAGAACAGAGAAGAUUCUCUUGCAUAAAAUGUAUUUGUGCUGUUUCUGUCUGAGAUUAAGAAGUUUUCUUACCUCUCCUCCCCAUUUCUUGUAAGGAUGACCAGAAAAGUCAGGCUGUUGUGUGGGUUUGGGAAGGGUGACUUCCCAGGAAAGCCCAUUGUAAUUUAUUACUAAACGUGGCUUUUUAUUUGGGGCUAUAGUGAAGCUGCAUUUCUCUGUUGACUGGGCAGUGUACUAAGAAAGACUUGCAUGCUCUGUUGCAUAGGUGCCCUUCUGUCCUGCCUGAGGGCAUUUCUGAAAAGAUGAGAAUGGUGGAGCCUUUGUACAGCAGGAAGGGGUUAUGUGAGGUAUUGGGCAAUCGUGGGGAACCUUUGAAGGUAUGAACAGAUUGUUAGAAUCACUAACAACCGAUUCGAGUUUAAUUUUGGUAGAAUUGUGCACAGUGUAUCUGCCUUUGUGUGUGCAGGUGUGCAUGUUCCUUGUAUGUGUGUAUGCGCGUGGGCACCUAUAUUUGUAAUACUUUUCCUCAUUUCACAAACAUUUUCUUUGAAGCCGUGGUAAUAACGUCUUUGUUUUAAGAAUGGUAAAAUUCUUUUAACCCCAGGUUAGUGUGUUAUCCUAAAUGCACUGUUCAGCCCUUGAUUUAGAAAUAAAGGCACCAUAAGCAUCUUGGCUGCUUAUGGUUGUUUUACUGCUUUUUAGAGCCUUGAAAGUUAUGCAGAACUUUGGCUAUGUUUUGUCUUUUACAAUGUUUUAACUGAUUUUGUCCCUCCAUCUUCCUUUAGAGAAGAGUUAUGGCUGAGGUUUUUGUGUUGGUGUGUAUUUAGUACUUAAUGAAGGGAGGAAAGUGUUACAUGACCUGACAAAACCCAACUCAUUUCUUAUAAGGAGUUGGAAGCCAUUUUUAGAAUGUUAUCCUUAAUCACCUGUGCCUACUUCUAAUGGCUAGAAGCCAAGAAAACCAUAGUAUUAGUCCUGUUGUGUGCAUAUGCUAGUGUUUGAAUGGCAGUUUACAACAAUGUAUCAGUCACUUCAAGUUUUAUCCUAAAGUUUUUAAUCAGGUUCAGACUGUGUUUUGACACACACCUCUUUUGAGUUAUAAAGCAGUUAAACACAUAAGAGCAAAGAAUGAUCUUGACCUGAUGUUACUUGAAUUUGAGGGAACGCCAUUGCUACUAUACUCCUGCUUUUGUGGGGGAAAAUAUAUUCCUGCCCUAGAAGUUAGCAGUCGAGUGUUUAGCUCCUGACCUACCUAUAAUUUAUAGGCAAUAUCAUUGCUCUUUAAGUGAUGAUUUGCCUAACAAAGGGGCUUUUUUGUUUUGGUUUUGGGGUAGAUUAUACAGUAGACAACUUUAGUGACUAGGUAUGUGGAUGAUAUGGUGGGAGUAGGUGUACAACACUUAGUGGAAUGGUAUGGUCUAUUUUAUGGAAGAAAAUUCAUUGGAAGGGAGAUCAAAGUAUAUCAUGAAGUAGGAUUUAAACAACACAUACCCUCUGGUUUAUGCACAUAGCCGCCAUUUGUAUUCGCUGACUUACAAAUUUUGUUUCUGCUACCAAAAGGAGAGCUCCUAGACCUGUUAUGGAGGCCAUGCCUGCCAUAUUGGUAAAACUAUGAUUUCAUCCCUACCCCAAAUCAUCACAAUCUUUAGGAUUUCAGAGAAACUGUCUAAUGGAUUAGGAUAGAAGCUAUGAUUGUAGGUGACUUGGGCAAUACUGAGUUCCAUGUGCAAGUGGAUGUGAAAUCCUGGUGUAAACCAAACAUUAUACUUAUUAGACAGUAACCUCUACCCUCACCUCCAGCUCCCAAGUAUAUGGCCCUGCUGGGUCAUAUGGCAACUGAAGUUUCCUAGAUUCACUUUACAUUCAAGGUCGUAGCCCAGUUGAAUUGGUGGGGGAGGAAGUCAAGGAGGAAAGGCUAUUGAAGAUCCUUCUCCUGCUUGAGAGAAAUAUAUGUCCUAGAGCUGCUCCAGUACCCUUGGUAUAUGAAUUUUUUUUUAUAUAUUGAAUAUGGAUUAGAAGAAUGAAAUCAGAUGACAUUUGACUGCAAAAAAUGUUUAUAGCUUAGCCUUCUUACAUUUUGGUAUAAAGCUGUGAACUUCAUAACUUUGUAAAAGCAAGAUAUAAAGCAAAUACAAGAGGAAAAUAAAGUACUUUUACUAAUUGUU